AUGAUUUAUGAUUGUAUACGCAAACAUUUUGGAGUUAUUAUAGUUAUCGUUACAUUUAUUAGUCGCUGUGUUUUUGUUGGUUUCUGUUGGAGUUAUGGCACCGUUAUUGUUGAAUUAAAGAAAAAUUCAUCACUGACAGAUACUGAGCUCAGUUGGAUUGGAAGUUUUGGUCAAACUUUGGGUGGUGUAUUGGCACCGCUGAUACUUUAUUUAGUAACUCAUUGUGGUCAUCAAAUAAUAUUUAUUUUAUCCUUACUAACAUGUUCAUUCUCACUUUUAUUAUCAUCCAAUAUUAAAAAUAUUCACUUGUUAUUUUUAACUUACUCAGUACCAUACGGUUUUGCAAAUGCUUCAUUAGUGAUCAUCGGUACACUUCUUACAGGCAUCUAUUAUCCACCAGAACAUGAAUAUCAUCUAUUGACUAUAUGUAUAAUUUCAACAGGUUUUCCUAUCGGAUAUCAUCUAAUGAGUGCAAUUAUAUUUAAAUGGAUUCAAAAUGAUGGAUGGAUGGAAAUGAAUCGUCGAAUUGGAAUAAUAGAGUUUAUUUUAACUAUUGUACUUGGAUCAUUAUUUUCAUCCAAAUAUAUUUUAAUAUCACAAACUAAUACAGAAACGGAGAAAAACAUACGUAAAUUUUUUUCAAAAAAAAUUAUCUAUUGGAUGAUUGGAAUAUUUACUUCAAUGUGUUCAAUUAGCAAUUUUUUAUUACAUCUUCACAGUCAACUUGAAAUAUUAAAUAUAACGCCUGCAAAAGCCGAUUUAUGGUUUCGAUUACAUGGAUUAUUUGAUGCUUUAUUUCGUUUUUCUGUACCGUUUAUAUUAAAAUAUUUUCCAAUUAAAAUUAUUUAUUUAUUUUCAAUUGCUGCAUUUUCUGUGUUCAGUUUUACAUCAGCAGUCGUUACAUCACUUCAAUAUACCGUAUCAAGCAAGUUAUUUGAUAAUAAUUUAAGAGAACAAGGCUAUUGUUAUCAUGUAAUUGUAACAAGUUUAGGCACACUUUUUGGUCCUAUCAUUGGUGGUUUGCUGGUGGAUUUUACGGGCAGUUACAAAAUUUUAAUUCCUACAUCGAUUAUUUUAUUAUUUAUAAGUUUUAUCGGUUUUACAGCAAAUAUUUUCAUAGAUAACAGUAUUCCGGAGUCAACUCAUUAUCAUAAUCAAGUACAAUCCAAUCCGAAUAACAUGGAACAAAAUUGUUUAACAGAAAGAACGAAUCCAGCCCAUGAUAAUUUCGGCUAUAAAAAUUAG